AACACAGUCAUCACCAAUAUGCCUGUAAUGAACACACACAACUCCGUUUAUAUUAGCAAAUUUAGCCGUCUCGGGAUAUUAUGCGACCCCUAAAUGGACUUUACCAACUGCAACAGAAUUACUAUGAAGACCCCAAUGAGGAGGAUUUAAAAAAUACAACACUGCGACCUAAUUACACAAUUCUGCACGGAUAUUAGACGGAAAUUGUUAAUUCUGAACAGUUUAAGCUAGCAUAAAUCAAACAAUUGACUCCUGAAGGCAGCAUUUUGAGUCUAAAGGGCACUUACUUCGUGAAGUCUGGACAGGAUGAAGACGAAAAAGGCAGUGUUUUCUAUCUCAGCUGGUUGAGAGGAAGGCCAGUCGCCGUAUUGCACUGAGAAAUGGAUGACAUCGAAGCUGAGCUCAACAUUGCAGAAACACACGCGGAUUUUACACAAGAUGAAAGUGAACAUCGGCAACGGCUGAAAAGACCAGUCCAGCUUCACUGUCAAGUUAAAGACCGAGGUUUUUUCACAGGGAUCUACUUUCUGAAGUGCAACAGAAAGUGUCUGGAGCUGCUGAGAGAAGCGAUGCUGCAUCAUCGGUGGCAGGAGGCUGUGGGAUAUUUCAGCUCUUACAUUCAGACACUGGAGGCCAAAACAUACAAUAGUUAUCAGUCUGUGGUUGCGGAGAUCUUGUGGAGAUUGGGCACAGAAAUCCUGCAUCAUCUCCCAAACACUAGCAAUGAAGAUUUCAACGCUUUAUAUGAACAGCUGAAGAACGUCGGGGUCCUCAACUUCUCAAAGAUUAGUCUGGAGCACUGCUAUCAUCUCCUGCUGAACGGACAGAUGGAUGAAGCCAAACGGCAGCUUUCCAUCGCAGAGAGCUGGAGAUAUGGAAGGGUAUCCCGAUCUCAAUCACUGAGCAAAACGCUGAUCACAGCCUACUGCGGCUUACUGGAUUACUUGAUCUGGAACGAGAAGAAGUCCUCUGUGUCUGAAAACGAGGAGCUGAGCAGUAAUCAUGAGAUGCACAGUUACUUCAGACAGGCGUCAGUGACUCUGAAGGACAUCAUCAGUCUGCCUGGAAUCUGGGACCCGUUUGUGCUGAGCUACGUUAAUAUGUUGGAGUUUUAUAAGCAGGAGGAGAGCGCUCUGCAGGCUUUGGAGAAUUACGCAUACAACAAGGAGUUUCCAUCGAACCCAAACGCUCAUGUUUAUCUGUACCAGUUCCUGAAGAGACACGACGCUCCAAGGGAAAAGCUCAUCAGCACAUUGAGGAUUCUGCACUCUUUAGUCCCGAGUCAUGAGCUGAUGCUGGAGCUCUGCAAUCUCCUGCUGGAUACAUUGGAAAGGAGUGACACUGAAGAAGCUCUCGCUGUUUGUAUGGACCUUCUGGAGUUUUCCAGCUGGAAAACUGAUAUUAGGGCUUGGGACUGCCUUUUGACAUGUUUGAAGAAAAUUAGAAAGAAGAAGUGGCAGGAGAUUAUACAGAAGGAGUGGAAGGUGCGGCGUUCGCUCUGGGUACCUUUACACUUCAGAGACUUCCUCAGCCUCAAAGACUGGAUGGACAACCAUAAACUUAUGAUGAUCAUCAAGAAGGACUGUCUGAGGAUCAUCAAUGAAAACAUGAGAGAAUACUGUCGAGUCGCUGCAAUCGCUGAGAAAGAAGUCCUCCUGCAGAUAAGGAUGAAACGAAAAAAGAAGCAGCACAAAAUACAGACGGCCAUUACUGAACUGACAAACUGAGGCGCUCUACAUGUGAAGAGGAUUUCCAUUUAAACAGGUUUACUCCCUUUUGUACAGUAAAGAAAGUUUUUUUACAGUAUAUGUUCUUGAAUAUGCCAGAGUAAACACGUACUUUGUUUUAUAAAAAGAAUUCACCCAAUAUUGGGUUACAUUAACCCAGCAUCUGUGUAUAUCCUCACACUGUAUAUAAACGAGUGACUGUCUGCUGAUUAAAGUCCUGUAAAUGCA